CGGCCAUCGAUGUCUCGGCGCUCGUGCAGGGGGCCUGGCGGGCCGGUCAUAGAGACGCGGCGGCCGGAGUGGCGGCGGGGCGGAAGCGGGUCGGUGGGCCGCAGCCGGGCGCCGGGGCGGGCGCAGCGCAGCCGGGCGGAGGCGGCCGCGGGCCGCCGGGGCAGAAUGUCACGAUGGACGAGGGGGGCACGCCCCUGCUCCCCGACAGCCUCGUCUACGAGAUCUUCCUGAGCCUGGGCCCCGCGGACCUGCUGGCCGCGGGGCUGGUGUGCCGCCAGUGGCAGGCCGUGUCCCGCGAUGAGUUCCUGUGGAGGGAGCAGUUCUACCGCUACUACCAGGUGUCCCGGGCCGUGCCGCGGCACCCAGCGGCCACGUCCUGGUACGAGGAGUUCCGGCGGCUGUACGACACGGUGCCGUGCGUGGAGGUGCAGACACUGCGGGAGCACACGGACCAGGUGCUGCACCUCAGCUUCUCCCACUCGGGCUACCAGUUCGCCUCCUGCUCCAAGGACUGCACCGUGAAGAUCUGGAGCAACGACCUGACCAUCUCCCUGCUGCACAGCGCGGACAUGCGUCCCUACAACUGGAGCUACACCCAGUUCUCCCAGUUCAACCAGGACGACUCGCUGCUGCUGGCCUCCGGGGUGUUCCUGGGGCCCCACAACUCUUCCUCCGGCGAGAUUGCAGUCAUCAGCCUGGACACCUUCGCACUGCUGUCCCGCGUGCGCAACAAGCCUUACGACGUGUUCGGCUGCUGGCUGACGGAGACCAGCCUCAUCUCCGGGAACCUGCACCGCAUCGGGGACAUCACGUCCUGCUCGGUGCUCUGGCUUAACAACGCCUUCCAGGACGUGGAGUCGGAGAACGUGAACGUGGUGAAGCGGCUCUUCAAGAUCCAGAACCUCAAUGCCAGCACCAUCCGCACUGUGAUGGUGGCCGACUGCAGCCGCUUCGACAGCCCCGACCUGCUGCUGGACGCCGGCGACCCCGCCCAGGCGCCCUGCCGCGUCUUCGACCUGGGCGGCGCGGAGGAGGAAGAGGAGGAGGAGGACGCGCGGGGCCGGGACGAGGCGGCGGGGCCCGGCCCGGCCCACGCCCAGGAGGGGCUGCGUCGCCUGCUGCACGGGCUCCUGGAUGGCCGCGCGCAGCCGCCGCUGUCAGAGCGCGAGCUGGAGAGCAGGGUGGCCGAGCUGCUGGCGCGGGGUCGCACGCGGCCCCCGGAGCGCGUGCAGGGCGCCCGUAACAAGCUGCUCAUCUUCACCACGGGCUGUCUCACCUACUCGCCGCACCAGAUCGGCAUCAAGCAGAUCCUCCCGCACCAGAUGACCACCGCGGGGCCUGUGCUGGGCGAGGGCCGGGGUUCUGAUGCCUUCUUCGACGCGCUGGACCACGUCAUCGACGUGCACGGACACAUCAUCGGCAUGGGUCUGUCCCCCGACAACAGGUACCUGUACGUGAACAGCCGCGCCUGGCCCAGCGGCUCGGUGGUGGCUGACCCCAUGCAGCCGCCGCCCAUCGCGGAGGAGAUCGACCUGCUGGUGUUUGACCUCAAGACCAUGCGGGAGGUGAAGCGGGCGCUGCGGGCACACCGGGCCUACACCCCCAACGACGAAUGCUUCUUCAUCUUCCUCGAUGUCAGCCGAGACUUCGUGGCCAGCGGGGCGGAGGACCGCCAUGGCUACAUCUGGGACCGGCACUACAACAUCUGCCUGGCCAAGCUGCGCCACCAGGACGUGGUCAACUCAGUGGUCUUCAGCCCACAGGAGCAGGAGCUGCUGCUGACGGCCAGCGACGACGCCACCAUCAAAGCCUGGCGCUCCCCUCGCACUGUGCGUGCCCACCAGGCCCCGUGCCUGCGCCGCCGCCCCUUCUUCUCCUGGUUUGCAGGUCCCAGGCCUUGAGGCCAGUGCAGCCCAUGGAACCAUCCGUGGGCUGUGGUCAAGGACUCCACGGAGAUCACGGACCCCAGGGCAGGGGGUCCCAGAG